AUGAAGUUCAGCAUCCUUGCCACCUUCACUGCUCUUGUCAGUAGCGCUACUGCUGCCAACCAGGCUGUUGUCAUCAACAACUGUCCUACCACGAUCUAUGUUCAAUCUUUCCCUUACAAUGGAGCUGCUCCUGGAGCUCUGACCGCCCUCAAGCCAGGACAGAAGUUCGCUGAAAACAUGCGCUCAACUGGCUCGACUGUCAAGAUUGCCACCAGCAGAACUCUUACCAAGCCUCUCUUCUUCGGAUACUCUUCCACCUCCAAGCCCAACUAUGUCUACUACGAGUUUAGCACUGAAUGGGGAAACCCCUUUGCCAACAAGCACAACAUCCUCAGCCCUGGCACGGGUUGCAAGCAGUUUGAUUGCCGCGCCGGACAGGCUGACUGCUACAGCCGCCCGAGCAUGAAGAAAGUAUUUGGAUGUCCUAGUCCUACUACCGUCACUGCUACGAUCUGCGCAAAGUAG